UUUUUGAAAAAAAAAAUGGAAGGAUUUUACCAAAUUCACUGAAGCGAAUGAUACAAGGGACAAACCAGUAGUUUCAGGACACUGUCACUCGUUUCUCUCUUAAAAUGUACCUGCCUACAAUAUUAUGACUUGUGAGAGAGCAAAACUUAAAGCCCCAACCCCAACGCUUUAGACUUUAGAGAGAAAGAAAUGAUAAAAAUCGAGAAAAAUCUCACGAAAAAAAAAAAAAAUCCUGGAUAGUCAUCGGAUUUCAAACCCACAAAAUUUAGUUAAAGUUGAUGAAGGGCAAGAAUCCGGGACUACCCAUUUUUGGUUCUGAAGUUAUUUCACUACUUGCAUGCUUAACCCUUUCCUUUAAGAAAAAAAAAAGUUUUUAGCUGUUUUUGUUGUCAGCAUUGUUUGGUUAGGACUUGGGAUUUACUUGGUAGUCUAAAUGGGAGUAUUUUUGUUGUGGGUUUUAGCCUUUUAGUGCAAAAACCAGUGAAAUUCUGGAAGGCAAGCAAAAGUGGAAGAAAAGAGAGAAUUUUGGAUUAGGGUUUUGUUUGGUGAAAGUGACAGUGACUGCUUAGAGAAAGAUGCUUCUUUUUGAGAGAAAAAUGGAGCUUGAGGAGCAACUUAAGGAAGCAGGAAACAACCUUCUCAAUCCACCAUCAUCUAUUGAUGAAUUUCUUAAUCUUCUUGAUAAAGUUGAGAACCUGCUCACUAGUGUGGAGCAAGCGCCACCUCGGUCAAUGCAGAAGGCACUUCUACCUGUAAUGAAGGCACUUACUUCAGAUGCCCUCCUGAGGCACUCAGAUAUGGAUGUGAAGGUUUCAGUUGUAUCCUGUAUAACCGAGAUUACAAGAAUAACAGCACCAGUUGCUCCUUACAAUGAUGAAAGAAUGAAGGAAAUUUUUCAGCUGACCGUAGCAGCUUUUAAACAUUUGUCCAAUGUGGCCAAUCGCUGUUAUACAAAGGUGGUUUCAGUUCUUGAUACGUUUGCAAGAGUUCGGUUAUGCUUGGUGAUGUUGGACCUUGAGUGUGAGGAAUUAAUUAUAGAGAUGUUUCAGCAAUUUCUGAAAAAACUUAGGUCCAAUCAUCCUCAUACUGUUUUUCUGUCCAUGGAAUCAAUUAUGACACUGGUAUUAGAUGAAAGUGAUGGUAUUUCCUGGGGUCUUCUUAGUCCUCUUUUGGCUAGUGUGAUGAGGGAAAAUCAGAAAAUAUUACCAAUUUCAUGGAAGCUUGGGGAGAAAGUCAUUGCUAACUGUGCUCAUAAGAUUAAACCAUAUCUCAUGGAAGCAGUACAGUCUAUGAACAUUGCUUUGAAUGAGUAUUCUCCAAUCAUUGCUUCAAUCUGCAAAAGUGAAUCUGAUAAUCUGGAGUACUAUCAUGUCAAUAAGUCUGGGGACCAUUUGGUGAAAGUGGAACCUGUUUUUGAUGGAGAACUCUGUGAAGAUAUGGAUGCUAUUUCCAAAUCAUUGACGAGGACUGUAACUGCUGGUACCAGAGAUAAAAGCAGAAAUAAUGAUGCCAUCUUAAAUGUUAAACCUUCAAAAAUCUUGGAGUGUUGUUCUCGUAUGGAGGUACCCAGAAGUGCUGCUGCUACUGAUGGUGCUAGACUUGACAAUUCUGUCUAUUUGGAUCCAGUCAAAUCAGAAACUGAGCCAGAUAUUGUUCCAAAGAAAAGGGGCCGGAGACCUAAUUCUUUGAUGAAUUCAGAAGAAGGCUAUGAUCAUUCUUGGAUUUAUAUGGAUUUGGAGGAUGCAGCUGCGCAAUUGAUGGAUGAAAAAGUGAGUGAAUCCAUGGAGUUGUCUUUCCAAAUUAAGGAAAUAAUAGGGGCUUCUUCUGCAUCUCCAAAUAGUGGUCUUCCUGGAGGAAUUAAUCCUAGAAGGGGCAGGUCAAAAGGGAAAGAGAGCAUGACAACUGAAAAUGCUGAUCCUAAUUCCUCACUAACAAAGAGAUUGGAGUUGAAGGCCCAGAUUCUGGAGAAACCCGCACCAUCUGCAGGUGGCAGUCUGCAAAUGAAAUCUGAAGCCAAAACUUCAGACAGAAAACGGCAGAAGCGCUCAAGAAGGGUUGAGAUUGGUGCAAAGACAAACCAAGCUUCUCUAUAUUUUGCCCCAGAAAAGGAAGGUAGGGUCCAAAGUGACCUUGAGGAGAAAAAGUUGCAGCAGCCAACUGUAAAGAAAUAUAAAAAUAAUCAAACUUUGGAUGAUGAUGAUAUGCUGGAUAAAAACAUCAGUGGAGCAUCUGGUAAACAGAAGACAAUUUCUAGAUCUGCUACUACAUCUAGAAGAGGUGGUAGUUACAUGGAGAAAACUCCUAAAACAAAUCCCAAGAGCCAAAGAAAUGCUAGAAAGGGAAUGGCCUCUGAAUUGCCUGAUCUUGGUGAGGAAUUGACUGGUAGGAGAAUAAAAGUUUGGUGGCCAAUGGACAAGAGGUUUUAUGAAGGCGUGGUAGCUUCCUUUGACCCCAUUAGAAUGAUGCACCAGGUGUUCUAUGACGAUGGUGAUGAGGAAAGACUGAAUCUCAGAAGGGAAUGCUGGCAGCUCAUUCAUGACAAAGGCCAAGAAACUACUGAUCUUCCAACACCUGAUGUUUCUCUUGAUAUACUGCGCAAGCAGAAAGGUAAAGCACAUUCAAGCUUACCAAAAUCAGCCAGGCCCCGUUCAUCCUCAAAAAGGAAUGGUGCUCAUGCUAGCACAUCAACACGAAAAUCUAAAUCCUAUGCUGAUAGCUCUGCUGACGGUGCUAUGCUUGACAAGUCUAUGGUCCAUAAAUCAUUGAAAGAUGCAUCUACAACUGAUGGCAGAUCAACUGGUGAUGGUCAAAAGUCUGCUGAGGAGUUGAAGGUUGAAAGUAAUUAUCUGGAGUCCAAGCCAACAAUUCCAGAAAGACUGCCCUCAUCUGACAGUACAAGUCUCAAGGAUGGUGAAUCUCCUAGUGCUAUCCCCUGCAACGACCAAGGGAGGUGAGAGAAGGAAACUUCUCCUCGAGGCUGACGCCAUGGUAUGUAUAUAUAAAAUGUGAAGAAAAACCUCUAAAGCUGGUAAGUUCAGCUUCAAGACAGGAGAAAGGGAUCGUUUGUUUUUGUCUAUAGGUGAAAUAUAAGGCUCAUUUUUGCUCUCAAAUGGUAAUAGAGCUGCAUAUUUAUCUUUCCCCUUGUGAACCGUUGGUGGUGGCUGACUGGGCCGGACUUCAGUUUUGUAAUGGAAUUAGUUUGCACACCAUUACACGGGAAUGUAAUCAAGUCCAUAUAAAUAUGAAUAGGUCUUUUUGGAAUUUGCGGUGAAAUGAAAUCAUGCAGUUGCCAUGAAAUUCUUGUUAGCAAUCGCCCCCUCCUUCACCAUCUACCAAAUACCAAGUUUCUUCUAUUUUCUUCUAGUGAAUCUCAACAUUGGUGUCCAAUAACUUUAGUUAUUAUUAUUAUGAUAAUUAUUAUUUGCAUUCUUUCUGACAAUUUAAUGGGAUUACUUGAAUUACAUAUCGAAAUUUUGUCUUUUGACCGAUUUGAAGGAAGAAAAUGACAAU